AUGGAUGCGAAAAUGGCAGCACACGGGGCCGUUGGCCUUAGCUUACUUUCCUUGAUGGCAUGUAGCAUCUUUCUACCAUCACUAUGGAUGAAGAUCUCAUCGAUACAAGAUGACAUUCGAAUGGAUAUGGAAGAAUUUGAAGACUUACAACGAGGCGUCUUUAGUGAGGUGCGAAAAAGAGCAGAUCCUUCCUAUGAUGCAACAUUUAGCAUCGCCCUAAGGAAGAAACGUCAACUGUCUGCACCUGGCCAAUGUAACUGCAACGCUGACAAUACCUGUCCACCAGGCCGUCCAGGUGUUGCUGGAGUACCAGGUGAACAUGGCAGCCCCGGUUCACCUGGCUAUAGCGGCGCACGUGGAUUACCUGGAAAUGCCGCGCCGGUUCUUACAGAUACUCAGUUGAAUUGUCGCAUAUGCCCGAAUGGACCAGCGGGUUAUCCAGGUCCUCCCGGACAGCUUGGUCCGUCUGGCCCUAUCGGACCACCUGGAGAGUUCGGAAGUGUAGGUCAUGGUGGUUUCGACGGAAUCCUUGGCCGAUCCGGUGCAUCCGGUGAGCAUGGCAGCAAUGGAGAAAGAGGCGAAAAGGGUACAGCUGGAAAUGACGGAAGUCUUGGUCAACAAAGCUCACCAGGUACACCUGGUUCAAGAGGUCCGACCGGUCCACAAGGAUAUCCCGGACCGAGCGGUAACGAAGGAAACAACGGAUUUCAAGGAGCACAAGGACCUCCGGGUUCCAGUGGAGAUCCGGGGCCAGAUGGUUAUGAUGGACACCCUGGUGCUGCAGCAUCUACUGGAGCUCCUGGCGAGGAUGCGUCCUACUGUCCUUGCCCUCAGAGACGAGCAAAGGCUAAACUGGUUGCAUAA